GAGACAAGUUGGAGUCGACAAUCAGUUUGAAAACGACUUUCAUCCGCAACAGACAUGUAAACGACAAGCAUUCGCUGAGACGAAGUAAUAUUUACUUAACAGUAUGGUAGUAAGAGAUUCGGAGAAUAUAGCUAAAGGAAAGUUCAUUGGGUACAUUGCGAAGAGCGGCAGUGAAAUUUGAUAAUAUCAAUUAAAUACCAAAUUUUGGAAACGAAGGAGAUAGUGAGUCCAACAACGACAUAUGUAUGUGUGUGCAAAGUUGAGUGACAGUGUUCGCCGGUAGCUGCAGCAUCUUCGAAUGCUGGGUAAGCAAGUGUGCAAAGAGCCAAACUAACAAACAAACAAAAAAAUUAUAAAAUAAAUUAAUACUUUCGCGCUACAAAGAAACGUAUAGAAAAUAAAAGUAGAAAACCAAGAUUGAAAAUAAUAUGUGCAUGUAGUGGCAAAUAGUAGCAAAGGUGAAAUGCUCAGGUGAAUAUCGAAUUUUAGAUAUCAAUUGACAAAUGCGCAUACAAGAUUUGUAUGCUUUGGUUAAACGAAAAAAGUGAUAGUGUAUUGGAAAGUUGUCCCGUUUAUUUCACAAUGACAACAACUGGUGCAUGAAAACUGAAUUACAAUUAAAGGUCUGCAAUUCAUUAGGUUAAGAACAGAGAAAAAUUCAAUUGAAUUUAAUAAUCGCCGCACAUUAUUCAGAAUACCAAAAAUCGCCUAAUAACAUUUUAUGCUUAUGAAUAUUGAAGCAUAAAAAGAAAAUAAUUGGAAAAGUGCAAUCUAGUUUAACAAAGUAUUUAUUGUCGAGUUAUAUACAUAUACAUAUGUACGAGUAGAUUGCUUGUGGUGAUCAAAGGAUAAAAUUGGAAGCAUAGGUAUAGUGUCCAAAAGUAAAUGUAAUAUAAGUUGAUAUCUUACUAGAAGUGUCGAGGAAAAGAAAAAAAUGAAUGUUAGUAAAUUGGAUACAACAACAAUGUUAACGCCAUUGACAGCUGGUGGAACCAGUACAAAAUUGGAGCAGCACUCCAAGCCCAUACUGAGCCCCACUCGAUCCCUUGACGAAGGUUUCGAAAGUGAUCCGGAUCGGGUGUCUACCGAUUCGGAGCAUCAAACAAGUGGAACGAAUUGCAGUAGUAGAAGUAGCAAUAUUUGUAACAGCAGUCAUAAUAACAAUAGUCAGAACAACAACAGAAAUAGUGUCGUGCCAAAGCAGAAUAGCGGCUCAACAUUAUCUCAACUAUCGUCAGCGGCCACGGGAGGUCUAAUAGCGUCGACAGCAUCAGUAUCAGCAUCAACAAUGACAGCAACAGCAACUGCCACAUCUAACGUGUCCACAACGAUAGCUCAAAAGACAAGCGCACACACAGAUUUGCAUAAGCUUCGCUUGUUAACAAUGGUCGUUCCACCAUCUCAAAUUGCACGCCGACAGCCGGCGAUUAAUGUGACACCUCCUGCAACCCCUGCAAAUUCCAACAACGGUCAAUAUGCAUGCGGUGCCACGAAAACGACAUUCGAUACGUCAAUGGAAACAUUUCUGAAAGAUCCGUAUUCGCAACAGCAACGUCGUGGCUCAGCAGAGUUGGCACACAAUGGCAACUAUCCGGUUGCUGUGACAACAACAUCAUCAUCUGUUGCUUACGUCCCUAACAGCAAUAACAAAAAGCAAUAUCGUAGUGGGUCCAACUUAGCUGCUCUCACAGCCAAUGUGACACGUGCCAGCGGUGCAUUAACCACACCCACAAACAGUGGUAGCGGAUCACCGUUGCCCUCACAGCGUUUACAAUAUCAAAAGCAACGCCAACCAAUGGUAGCAUCUACCGCCGGUCAUCAGACAGUGCACAAUCAUCGAUAUACUGCCGGUAGUAGCGGCAUUGGAGGUGGUGUGGCUAGUGGAUUUCGACGUGCACGCACGCGGGCAAUGUCUCCUGCAGUGGUGAAUUGUUUGACAAACAUCAGCCAUGGCGUCAGCAACAAUACAGGAGCCAGCAUUGGUGGUAUGCAAGUUCACACCUCACGCAGCCAACUUCUCUCCCGCAACACCAAUGUGCGUUCACAUUCGGUUGAUGCCAUUUCGCGGCAUCGCAAUGGAUAUGACCCGGCCAAUGCACUUAUUCUUAAACACGAAGGAAGUGGCGUCCCCAGUUCGGGCAAUCAUAGCAUCAUUAGUGCUGGUGGUUCCAGCAACACCGCCAGUAAUACACGCAUGAUGAAUUAUAAAUAUUCCAGUGGGGGUGUUGGAAAUGUUGUCACGACGAGCACCGGACAAGCUCUACUAGUACAGCCAAUUUCAAGUGCAACUUUGUCGGCGAGCUCAGCAGCAGUUUCACUUCCAGCCGCUACAACAGUUCUCAAUCCAGCGAACGCUGUUGAUGCCACUGCUGCGUUGGUCGCAGCAGCUGGUGGAUCACCGGUUAUCGCUUCGGCCACCAACAGCCUAUACACGUUCUACCCAGCCGAAGGCAACUUGCAAGUUUGGCAGUCCGAGUGCGGCGACCUCACGUACAAAUCAUCGCGCAAUCAGCACACGCACAAGGUGCCGGUCUGUUGGACACAAUCGAUACCAAGGCAAACAAGACGAUACAUUACUCCAGCAACCGCAUCCAAUGGCAGUGGCGCUGCCAGUAUAGCAUAUCCCUCCACCAAUGGACAAAUAUAUAGGGUGCAUACGGCCACGACUGUGGACAAUGGUCCACUGGCGCAGGCGCAGGCGACUAGUAUGAAUAUUUCCCCUCGUAACAACAAUAGCAAUAACGGUGGUGUGGAUAAUGUAGACGGUUAUCACAGCGAAAACAGCGGGGGAAGCAGAGACAUAAACUCGACAAGUGGAUUCUCACAUAGAUUAAAAGAAUUAGCAGCGUCGGCAGGCCUCUUAACGCUAAAGCCGCGCCAACCGCUGAAACCAGUGAUAAAGACACGUGGCUCACCAGGACCUGAAUUUCCUAAAAAGGUCACUUUCAGCGCCUUCGCUACCGUACAGGUGGUGUAGUGUGUGCGCAAUUAAAAGCUAAUCUGACUUGAGUGAAGAUCAAAAGGUUGGUUGGCAGAAAUCCAUAUACUUAUUUGAAAAAUAAAAAACUUAUAUAGUAUACAUAUGUACAUAUAUUAAAUAACUUGCAUUAAUAUUUUUUUUUUAACUUUGAACAUUUCAAACCCGGACAACGACGUCUCGCUUUGUACCAUUGUAAUUCGUAAUUAUAUUUACACAAAUACAUGUAAAUGUGGGUAUUUGUUUAAAGAAUAUGUGUUUACUGUAACUAGCCAUGAUCCCAUGAUCGCUUCACUUUACCUAUGUACAAUCUCACACUUACAUACAUAUGCAACCAGAUUUAGUAAGUACUGUGUAUUUAAAUUGUUUUUGUUGUUGUUAUUUAUCAAUAUAUACACCCAAGGAUGUGUUAAAAUCAUUAAUAUUUACUUACGAAUACUAGGAACAUCAACAAUAUGGAUAAUCGGAAGCACUUUCAUUACCGAUAAUUGUCGUUCACACUUACAGCGCAUAGUCAUACAAGUUCAUAGAAGAGCGAAUCCGACGUAAUUCGUACAAUGUGUGAAUUUUUGACUAUUGUAUAUAUGUAUAUAUAUACGUAAUAAGUAUUUUUAUUAUAAGAAUUCGAAGAUCAUUUUUGGAUUAUUGCGGAUCCUGCUCGAGCCAAUAAAAACUAAGGAGCCUACUAGCUUACUUAGAUCAACCAGUUUUGUGUAAUAUGUGAAAAUAAUUAUAGUAGUUGCUGGAACUCCAACUAUUGGAUAAACUGAUUCGAAUUACUUGACUUGAUGUCUAAAUUUUAAUUACAUUCUUAUUGCUUAUGUUUGGUGAAAUGUACAGUUAACUUAUGAAAUUGUCAAAUCGUCAACAUUAAUUAUUUUAUUUGAAACUGACAAUAUGUAAAUUACAACUAUUUAUUAUUAUGUAUACAUACAUUGAGAUUUUUUAUUUAAAGAAAUCAAGUUUUACGAAUGUCGAUUGCGUAGCUUCUCUAGUCAAGUAAAUAUUAAAAAAAUGCCGUUAUUUUUCUUUUUUUGUAUUAUUAUAUUAUUCAUGCCUAUGUAUUGUAUAUUCAAAUGUAAUUUUAUUAAAACUGCUUCCUGGAUAGUAUCUUUAUAUGUGUACUUGUAAAUUUAUUUCGAGAACAAAAUAAAUCUGCUUCCUUUUUAUUACUGUAUGACAGGUACGGUUUUUUCUUUUCUUCAGAUGAACAGUUGUAGCUUUUCCAAUGCAAUCUUGAAUUAAUAUCAAUAUUUUUAAGGAGUAUUAUCAAUUUUAAAACUAUUAUUUUAUUGAAAAAAUGUAAACUUGGAAUUUUAAAUAAUCACACAAAUACAAAUAGACAACUGCUGUCGAAAUUGUUUACAAUUCAUUCAAAGAAGAAAGCUUUUCUACUGAAAACGUUGCAAUUUCAUCUAUUCAAAAUGUAACGGGAAUUGUAAAAAUUAAAAUUUCACGGAUUUGGAGAGUUCCAUAAAAUAAAAUUUAUAAUGUUGGUAUACAUAUAUAUAUUUUUCAGCUGUAUUCAUUGCAGCUGCUAAGGUUAGACGAGUUUUUGUGAGCCUGGCGAUUUUGAUUACACUUCGUUCCUUUUCGUGAAGGGCCGUCGUUUUAGCAUAGCAAGCAUAGACGAAAUUGAUGAAGUCGAGUUUGAGAAGUGUUUCGACGAUUGGAAGAAGCGUUCACAUAAGUGCAUUAAUUUAAAAUUUCAAUUUAUUCAUAACCAAUUACGAGAUAUACGAAAGCCAAGUCGCAUAGGAGCUACUUUUCUCAUUUCGAUUUUUCUACUGCAUUUGGUUAUUAGUCAAAAUUGUUAAAGAAACAUAUCAUGUAUUAAUUCUUGUAUUGUGUAAAACCUUUAUAAGGGUACAAAGAGCAAAAUAAAAUGCAUAAGAAAGCAUACGAUUGCAAAUAACUGUAAGUUUUUGCUCUCUUAUUAUCCUAUAUUUUAAUGUCCCGUGCGACAUCAAAAAACAACACUUUAUUUUUAUACAAUUAAAAUAAAAAAAAAAUUAUUAUUCGUUCUGAUGGUAACUGCUCUCAGAUUAAAAACAAAUUUAUAUUAUCAAAAAAAAAAUCAAAAUACUCUUCAAAAACAAAAUAGUACAACUGUGCUUAAAAUUAAUUGUAUGUCAUCAGAUUGAAAAUCAUUCCAUAAUAUAUAAUUUAGAUACAAAAUGGUUAAAUGCAUUCCAGGUAUAUCCCAGUUGCAUUUCUUUUGUUGCGAUGGUCAAGAAGUAAAAACUGCUUCAUAUUCAUUAUACUAUUUUCAUUUCAUAAUUUAGAAAAUUUUUGUUGUGUUUCUCGUUUGAUGUUAUUUAAAAAUAAAUACAUUUACUACUUUUUAAAUGAUUUUGCUGGCCGCGUUGGUACAUAAUUCCAUAUUAUCACAACAUAAUCAAUCUAAAUAAUAAAUAUUAUGAUGGAAAAAAUGUUCCGUGCGAAU